AUGGAAAUUAAAACGAUUCGUGAAGGUGAUGAUAACUCGUAUAACGCCGAAAUCGAACUUUAUUUGCAACUUCUUUUACCGUAUAAUUCACUACCUGCUCAGGCAUGUGCUGUCGAAUAUUUUCGACGUUUACUGAUUCAUAAUCAUCUCCCACCGCCAUCUUUUGCAGAUGCACUCAUUAAAAGUCUCAUUCGUUGUUUGCGAGUGGAUUUUGCUAAUAUUCAAAGAGAUGCUGCUUGGGCACUUACUAAUUGCGCCUGUUCACCGCAUGAAACAUGCUAUAAAAUAAUUCAAUACGGUGGUCUAGAAGCAUUGGUCGAAUGUGCCGCAGAAACAGAUGGUGAAACUCGAGAUCAGGUUUUCUGGGCUCUUGGUAAUAUUGCGUUGGAUUGUCGUACAUGUCAAGAAAUGGUACAAAGCAGUGCUGCACUACCACUUAUGAUCGAUGUUCUUAUUAGUCCAAUGUUCAUCCGUUCAAAAUGGAUACGAAAUCUUAUCUGGGCUUUAUCACAGAUAAUUCGUGGUGGUAUUCGAACACUUGAUAUUAUGUUUGUUCGAGCAGCAUUAACUGGUCUUCGUCCAGUGCUGUAUUUGGAAGAUUCUAAAAUAAAAAUGGACGCAAUUUGGGCGAUAGCAUACAUUGCUGUUGAUCAUGUUGGUGGUGGGCAGAUUGAUGCAGUAUUGCAAACGCCAGCUUUGUUGGAAAGACUGAUCGAACUGCUAGCUGAAAAGCGUACAAUGCGUGCAGCACUGAGAGCACUCGGGAAUUUGGUGGCGGGAAAUGAUGCACAAACUCAAGCAGUUCUCAAUGCUGGCUUAUUACCGCGCAUGAUGGAAUUAUUUGGACCUAUGAUGCCAAUUAAUCAAAAACAUGAAAUAAUGUGGAUUCUUAGUAAUAUAGCGGCUGGUUCACAGCGACAAAUUGAUUUACUGUUUGAAACGAAUGAUAUCGUUGAAAUACUUAUUGGCACAUUCUAUAACGAUGAUCAUCGCAUUCGCAAGGAAAUAGGUUGGACAGUUAUAAAUGCGUUAACUGGUGCCAGUGAAAAUCGAUCACGUUGGCUAUGUGCAAGCAACGUGCUUAGUAUAGUACCACACGUGCUCAAUAUGCAUGCUGAGCAUGACUUGAUAGAACGAACACUAGAUGCUAUUGAAUUGUUGAUCGAAAAGCAAAUCAAUUAUUUUUUUAUACUUGAAAAUUAUCAGAUUAUGGAAGCGUUACGUCAAAUUGCUCAAAAUCAAAAUAAUUGCUAUGAUAUACAUGUUAAGGUACGAGCAAGGCAAAUAUUAAAUAAAGAAAGCGAUUAUAAAUUACAACGAAUUCCAGCGAACACAUAUAUAUUGAUUCGCUGA